AUGUCUGGUCCUGGAGAUAAACAGCAACCGCUGCAAUAUGAGCACAACGACCUCGCCUCUCCAACGGAAGACCUCAAGGUCGACUAUGACGAGAAGUCUAGCCACGACCAGAAUGGAGGUACUAUCGUCAAAGCGAAGGGAAUGGCGGGCUCAGCGCUUGCGGACGCCUUGCUCAAGGAGCCGCCCAAUCCUUGGGCGCCUCACAUGUUCAAGCUUUAUGCUGUUCUUUUUGUUUCUUACCUUUGCGCUACUACAAACGGAUUUGAUGCCAACACCUUUGGUGGUCUUCUUGCUACACCCACAUUCACCAGCUACUUCGGUUUGAACAGCGACAACGAAGGUCUUGUCACGGCUAUGUACGUCAUCGGAAACUGUGUUGGGUCUGUCUUCGCAGCAGAGUGCGCUGACCGUUGGGGUCGACGCUUUGGCAUGACUCUCGGUUCCUGCAUCUGUAUCCUCGGUGUCAUCCUGCAAGUCUCGUCCGACAACCGUGGCAUGCUCAUGUCUGGUCGGUUUAUCCUCGGCAUGGGUGCCGUCAUUGUGCACACAGCAGGACCGGCCUACGCUGCGGAGAUGAGUCACCCAGCUUACCGUGGCGUGCUCACUGGGAUGUACGAGACAUGUUUCUUCAUCGGUACAAUUUUGACCACCUGGACGGAGUAUGGUUUGUCGUACAUGAACAGCACGUCCUCCUUCCAUUGGCGCUUCCCUCUUUCCCUUCAAUCCCUGCCUUCCCUCAUCAUUCUCACCUUCGUCUGGCGGAUCCCUGAGACUCCCCGUUGGUAUAUGUCUCAAGAUAAGGAAGACAAGGCCAAAGAAAUUUUGGUGAAAUACCAUGCUGGUGGGAAUGAAGAUUCCCUGGUGGUCAAAAUCGAGCUCGACGAGAUGCGCGAACUCAUCUCCGUGAACGGUGCCGACAAACGCUGGUGGGACUGGCGCUGCCUAUUCGACACGCGUGCAAACAGGCACCGGUUCGCUUUGGUUGCGGCCAUUGCGUUGUUCGGUGAACUCGAUCUGCCGCCGACUUCGUAUUAUCUUCCCCUCAUGGUUGCCACUGCCGGUAUUACAAGCAGCAAGACCCAGCUGCUUUUGAACGCUCUUCAGACACCAAUCAUGAUGAUCUCCGCUCUGUCGGGUCUGCGGUGGAUCGACCAUUUCGGUCGUCGUCCGCUACUGAUGAUCUCAUCCGCCGGCAUGGCGGCUUCGGUCUUCAUCAUCACGGCCUGCACGGCUCAUCAGGCUGGCCACCCUGUAAUCGGGGGUGUUGGCAUCGCGUUUAUCUAUGUCUUCCUUGUCAUCUUCGCCUUUGCCUGGACGCCUUGUCAAUACUUGUACCCGUCCGAAGUCCUGAGCUUCUACAACCGUGCCAAGGGUCUUGCCGCGCUCAACCUAAUGAACAACCUCUGCAAAGUGCUCAACACAUACGUGCCACCUAUCGCAGUGAAGAAUAUGAACUACCGCUUCUACAUUCUCUACGGCGUUUGGGAUGCUGUUGGUGUCGUGUUCAUGUGGUUCUACUUUGUGGAGACCCGCGGCCGGAAUCUGGAAGAGAUCGACGCGAUCUUUGCGGAUCCACAUCCUGUCAAGGCCUCGCUGAAGAUGCAAGUGCACGAGAUAGCUGUCGGGGAUCAGAGUGCGUAUAACCCUUCUCUCCUGGUUACCACACCCUCUAACCCUUAA